CUCAGCACAGUACUCAGUGUCAGCCAGAUGAAUAGGGCUCAUUGAGUGAUGGCCAGAUGAAAAUGACGACUCAUCGAAAAAAAGCAGAUGUUUUUGAAUUCAAUACUAGUGUUCCAGAAGUGCUGUGAGGUGUCAGACCAGCAUAUACAACGAGCUUUGGGUAUAUCAUCAUCUGCGACGCAAAGUAUUCAGUAAGUAAGUCUUCCACCUCUUAAGGCAAUUAGCAACAUCUUUCUCGUCUUAAACUUCUUCUCUUAGACAUUCUUAAUGACGGGAUUAAAGGUCUUGCGUAAUAGGUGUUCAAAUUGAUGUGCUGGAAGCUGAAAAUGUGUAAGCGUACAACUUUACUACCGAAGACUAAUGCUCACUGUCUUUCUACCAAAGUCCGCCCUCUCCCUUGUGCCUAAUACUCGUUGGACAGCUCUAAUACUCGUCGGACUCACUUCACCCCCGUCCCGAAAAUGAUUCCACCUUGAUAACUUGAGUUGCAUUCUUUUUGAUUUGCCCGAGUCACAUUUACUUUAUUAACUCUAGGGCGAUGUCUCAUUGCACCUUGAUAACUUGCUUCACACUCACACACUAAUAGCUAUAGCUUAGAAUCAAAGUUGAUCAGUUGUCUGGUAUGAAAGUUGAUCAGUUGUCCCGUAGUUGUCUUUAAUCUACAUCGUUAUCUGCAAGAAGAGGAAAAAUGUUGCAGAGUGGUGCAGCGCAGUCGCCGUCCAUGGCGUUCCGGUUUCCGAGGACCGGGUUGGUCUCCCGCAACCGUACCGUUCUAGCGGCCAUGACAAACCGCCAGUCCUUUCCAGAUGGAACGCUGUCAAAUUAUGACCAUUAGCAUUUCUACUUCUUUUUCUUUUUGGGUUUCGUAGGUAGGCUCUCUCCACCAUUACCAUUAGCAGAAUCUAGAAGAUCAAGAUCCACCAUCAAGCAACCUCUCUAUCUAGCAAACGAUCCACGAUAUCUUUUAUCUAUACUUGAAACUAUAAUUAUCAACCCAUCAAUGCUUCAAUAACUCAACUGCUUGCCUUUUUUGCCUCAACCUCUAACAUUUUUUACCUCGUCAACCAACUUCUUAGAUUUAGACUAGUAGUGAUGCCCCACUGCCUAGGACGAUUGAGUCUCUUCUCUCUACUGUUUAUUGUUCAUAGAGAAGAGGAAAUCUUCUACCUACUGUAUAUUAGAGUCGAGGAAAUCUUCUCUCUGACCGCUAGGAGUCUGUUCAUACAACAGAGGAAAUCGAUUUUUUAGUACGGCGAGCUGAAGGCGGCUUUGGUAUCGUGACCACGGCUUGUGCACACGUGACAAGAGACGGACAGGGCUUCCCUGGUGAGUUGGGCGUCUUCGAGGACAAGUUUAUUCCGAAUUUGCGUUUCCUGGCGAAUGAGCUGCGAAGGUGCGGCGCGCUCUCUCUCGCGCAGAUCUUUCAUUAAGACCAAUUAGAUGUUGUACUGAUACACCGAAAGAAAGCGAAAAUCAUCGAAGCAGGAAGUAAAUGCACAGAGAGGUGACAUCGAUCUACGAAUGUGAUAUACAGAGUAGUGAUACAGCAUUACAACUUGUUAGUGAAGGACAUGUGAAUUCUUGAUUUUUGCUAAGAUGCGCUUAAAAAGAGGUACAAGGAUUUCGUGAUGUCUUUCAUCAUCUUUUCUCUCUGCUUAAUCCACAUGAGCAAAUGGCCUGUGUCGCUAAUCAUCCGCAGGUCUGCAGGCACCUGAGUCGCUUACAGGAGAGCAGCCGAAGAGCCCGAGUGGCCCACUGCAAGUAGGCGAGCAUUUAGCCUCAUCAAAAUACAACUUUUCUUAUGACUUUCGUCAGAAAAAGGCUUUGCUUUGUAGUCACAAUAAAAAAACUGGGAAGGGUUUACGAGUUUCAGAACUCGUCGCUGGCGACAUUUACUGGAUGGACAGGUUGAUGGAUUCAUUCUCUCCCUUUUUACCCCUCUCCCUCUUUCUCAAGCUCUUUCUCUCUACCCUGACCUCCCUCUCUCUCUCUCUCUACCCCUUAUUCCGCUAACUCCCAUCCCGUGAACUGAGCAAUCAAGAGGUUUGGAAUUUGGUCGAAGCUUUUGCUGCAGCAACGCAACGCGUCUACGAUGCCGGUUUUGACGGUGUUGAGCUUCAUGGGGCUCAUGGGUAUUUGAUCAAGUAUGGCAAGUAAUAAGAACGUCAAGUGCUAGUAAGGCAGUUAAAGUAGAACUUGUCAAGGACUGCACCCUUGUUAUCACUACUGCUAUUAUUCAAGGAUCAUGCUACUCUCCUUAUGGUGAGCAACAACUGAAGUGAAAAAUAGGUAGACUACUACAUUCUAUUCAAGAAUCAAGAAUCAUGUUCGUGGAAGGUGAUGCUCUAACGUGGUCAGUUCCUGGGUCCAGAAACCAAUUUUCGGACCGACGAAUUCGGAGGGACGCGGGAAAAGAGGUUCCGUUUCCUCAUCGAAAUCAUUCAUGCUAUACUUAUGACUUGUACUUUAACUCAUUAAUGCCAUACUUAUGACUGGUUCUCGCUUUAUUCUGUUUGACACAGAUACUUAUGACUGAAAUCACAAAUGCCAUUCUUAAGUGCUUUAUUCUGUUUGAAAUAUUGCCAUGCUAUACUUAUGACUGGUUCUUGUAGCCGACUCUGAAUUUUCUGACCAACCCAAAUGAUUCGCCUGUUAUUACAAAUUAUGUUCAUUUACAGCAAUGAAGUAUGAUUAUUGCAAAUAUGCACCUUGUUCUAAUACACGCCAAAGAUCACAGCACUGGACGCGGCCUUUUCUCAUAGGAGUUCGCAUUUCUCCAGAGCGAAACUGCGGAGUGAGAUUAGAGGACAGCCUGGAAUUGGCUAGAAGUUAAGGCUUGUCCUAGGUCUUUCUUAAGGUUAGGUAAGCUUUGCCUUAGGUUUCUCGAGAUGAGCGUCUAUCUAGAAUACUAAUACAUACUAGUUUUCUACAUGGACGCUCAAGCCCUGCUUCGUCUUGAGAUGAAGCUCUCUGGUUGAGCCCUAGUUCACCAUCUUGAGAUGAGCCUCUACAUAGUUUGGCUUUUUUGGUUCAAAAUCGAAGUGGGACUAGAACAAGACACUCGCUCUUGUUUGGGUACAAGAAUAAGUAGGACUCCUCGACGUGUAACGCAAGUAAACAAGCUCUAAAAAUGACUACGCGACUUGGAGAUCGAUUUCUUACAUGUAUCCUGCUGGGACAUACGGGUGGAAAGCACACUCGAAGAAGUCUCCCCACAGAUGAACUCAUCUUAAGGCAGAUGAUAGCUUAGAGGUUUGCUCUAAGUAUUAUUUUAUAAUUUUGGAAGACGUUUCGUUGUGUUUUUCACUUUAGUGAUUACUUUCCGUGUUGCUCUUCUUCCUCGUUAGGCGCUAACCGAUUUUCUUAUUACUGUAGUACCUACUCAACAUCAAUUUUCUUUUCCAGUUAGGGAUAUACUGGAGGCAGGUUACGACCGCAGUACCUACUAGUAAGACUAACAACAAUAACUCGUUGAGCUUGGGAUCAAAUUUGCAUCCUGGAUAGUAAGAUAACCUCCGCUAAGACCACAUCAGCCGAAAAUCACGAAAUAAUGGUAGGACGAUGACUCUGACGGAGCAUUUUACUCGCGGCAUCGAUAAUUUGCCUCCAGUCAUCACCACUGGGCGCAUCUGGACCCGGGAUGACUGCCUACUGGCAAUGCAGACCCAGGGCGCGGACUUGGUGGGAUCUGCGCGCGCGAGCAUUGGGAAUCCAGACUGGGCACAGAAUAUCGUAGAGGAGGACGCCGCCUGUUUAGCAUCGAAGAAUGCUGCUGGGGCAAGAGCAGAGAGUGCUUAUAUUAUGAUGAAGGGCCACUGCUUGUGUUUGUGGUAUUCCUAGGUAGGUACCACGCGGCAGUGAGUGCUUAAAUAUAUUUAUUCUGAAUUUCAAGAAGAUGGCUUAGGUUUCCUUACAUGGAGCCAUCUAAGUAUGAAUUUCUGGACAUCUAAGUAUGAUGAAAGACGGCUUAUCCGUAUGAUAUUCCUAAUCCUUCUAGCUAGGUAGCUUACGUUAUGCCUUUUAUUUGGAAUGCCCUACACUGAGCCAUCUAUGAUUCUCUGGACUAGGAAUGUCAUAGAUCAUACAUCCUAAGAAGACUUACACAGCCCAUGCCUACUCACGCAGCUUGAUAGCCGCAAUGUGUUGCCAUGACAACGGCAGCAUGUCCAGCAGAAAAGUAUCCUGAGCAAUACUUGAUUCGAUUACAAUGAUAAAUAGAUAGCUUCUAAUCUCAAGCCCCUCCUUCCACCGUACUCCGAGGAGCACUUAAAGCGACAAAGCCUGAGCGACAUUUUCGUCUACUACAUGCGGAGAUGGCGCUUUGUGCAUCGAGAGGGGAAGAUUUUGCCGUUUUUAUGGCGACCGCUUAUUUCUUGAUGAGAACAACUUGGACAUUCAUAUGAGUGUGUAAGUUUCCGUACAUGCUCACAGAGAUAAGAAAAACUAAUGGAAUUCUUGAUUUGUUUGCUGAAAAUAUUGGAGAUCUACUUUAGUCAAAAAAUUAUGGUCUGUUUAAUCCGUCUGUAUCCUACGAUAAGGAAGGAUCUCCUCUAAUCCUGCGCGACUAGAAUUCGCCUUCGCUCGCUGGAGCAAAAGAUUCGAGUCUGGUGUUAGUGGCUGGAGGCGUCGCGGAUGAAAUAAAGCGACGUGCUGGACGCUAUGCACUCUGGAGUCAUUCCUGGUUGCGGAUGAAAUAAAGCGACGUGCUGGACGCUAUGCACUCUGGAGGACCGACCUGUUUCUACUUUGUAGCUUGAUAAAUAGAGAAGACGGCCACUUCUAGAUACUGCUUGUUCAGUACCACAAAAGCUUCUUGCGUGUGCAGACGAAAAAGAGGUUUCCUGUGGGUAUAGGACUUGUAACAAACGCGUUGGCGCACUUCCACGUACUAGCAUGAUAUUUUUAACCAAUUACAUGUAAUUGAACACCUUCAACCCAUGUUUUAAGAAGAGCGACAAGCUCAAAAAAGUCUAUAUGGCGCAUACAACGAAUUAAGCUUUUGCUGUCUUUGCGCAGGAAAGUUUCAAUAUACGAAAAAAAUUUCUUGUGUAGCACUAUUAAGGAAAUGUGGUUACUCUUAAGUAGGAAACUGGUCCCUAUCAGUGAUGGAUGUUUCUUGUUUCUCCUUUUGUGCAGCCAUGAGAACAAGAAAUUAGUGUAGCAACAAGAAGCGCGAAACGCGAUACGUCAAGGAACUACUAUGAAAAGUUCUACUACAAUGUGCUGAUUUGUCCCGCCAUUGCGCUAGUAGUACUAUAUGGAGCACCAUGACGAUGGAGUGCUUCGAAAGUUCUGCUACAUUAUGAUACUUCGAAAAUGUUUUUACCUGCGCGCAGCUUGUAAAAUUUCUACUUGUUACUUUUUCUGUUUCACUGAUGCGCUUGUAAAAAGAUAAUGAUAUUAAGUAUGAGUGUUUUGGACUAUCUGCGAACAGCAUGAGUGUGCACUUAAAAAAGGUUGAUCGACGAAACUAGGAUGCUCAAAAUCUAAAUCCAGUCUACACCUCAACCGAAGACUAAAUCCUGAUCAGCAUCUUCCUGGUCACAUCUUCCUGAUCACGGUCCACGACUACAUCCUCCCUCCUCAGCACUAGAUUUGCGAUUGAGACUUUAUUCUCACAGCUGGUGUGAUCCAAAGAAGUGUGCG